CGAAUCGGAGAAUUAAUGAUGCGCAUCGUCCUCGUCAGUCGUCCCACCCUCCCUAUUUCUCUCCCCUCCUCAGCUUUCACCGUCGUUCCUCUCCCUCCUUCCCGAACCUGCAUUCCGCAAGUGGUUAGGUACAACGCAGUUUUCUGAUUUGCCAACUUAUACAGUGACAGGUAUCCGAGAGCAUAGUCUGUCAACGACUUUCAUCCUCUUCCUCUUCCUCUUCCUUUUCCUCUUUUCUCCUGAAAACAAAGAAAUGGUCGGAUGUCAUGGUCCCAUCCUUCCCUUCCUCCCCUUUUGAUUUUGUCAGAGCAACAAAAAGUAAAGAAACAAAAACCCAUUAAAGCUCCCCCCACCACCCCCCCCCCCCCCCCCCUCCCCCGACCCUAUUGCUUCUGUUAUCAACUCCUUUCAGCUAUUCGCCUCCCCAGAAAGGGGUUCGAUGAUUUCUUCGGUUAAUGAAUCUUGCUGCUUUGCAGCAGGAGUAUUAGGGAACCUCUUUGCAUUUGUGCUAUUCGCAUCUCCCUUUCCAACAUUCAGGCGGAUCAUCAGAAAUGGAUCAACAGAGCAUUUCUCUGGUUUGCCUUAUAUUUAUUCGCUCUUGAACUGUUUGAUAUGUCUCUGGUAUGGACUUCCCUUCAUAAGGCCUGGAAUCAUUUUGGUCGCCACUGUCAAUUCAGUAGGCGCAUGUUUUCAUUUGGUGUACAUAUCCUUGUACAUUACAUAUGCGGAUAAUAAAAAGAAGCUGAAGAUGUCGGCUCUGUUGAUUACGGUACUUGGGAUAUUUGCGGCUAUAGCAGUUAUUAGUUUGGAGUGUUUUAGCUCCUCAGCUCGUCAGAUUUUUGUUGGUUACCUGACAGUUGCUUCACUUAUAUCAAUGUUUGCUUCCCCACUGUUCAUAAUUAACUUGGUGAUAAGAACGAAGAGUGUUGAGUUCAUGCCUUUCUAUCUCUCUCUUGCCACUUUCUUGAUGAGCUUUUCAUUCUUCAUGUAUGGGUUUUUGGAGCGUGAUGCCUUUAUUUAUGUCCCAAAUGGGAUUGGCACAUUGUUGGGAAUAGCACAACUGGUUAUUUACGUAUAUUAUAGCAGACAGUCAAGAAAAGAUGUGAGAACCCCGUUGCUGGUCUCACAUCAAUGAAGUUAUUUGCAGGCAUCUUCACUUGAAGCAUAUUGCGGUAUUCUUUGUUCGAUGUAGCAUCUGUUGUCUACAAGUUCCACCAUUGCAGUUCUUAUACCGUGAAGAUUUUAUGAAGAUUUGUGCUUAUGUGUGCCUUUGCUGAAAAGCCAAUUCUCUUGGAAAUUGUGCAUAUAUAUGUUCUUGUACUACUGCACCAGAAUUUGGUUUGUAGUACAUGAAAAAUUGUAAGAGCAACUGAAUUUUGUUGAAUAAAAUAUUCUUCUUCUGCUCU